AAGUAAUGCAGCCAUCUAAAUAACAGUAAUAAUUAUCAGUUUAAGCAUAAAAAGAAAGAGGUAAUAGAUGAGAUGAUUGUUAGAUCGUUUAAAAGCUUAACGAGAAGGAUAAUUAAAUAAAAAAGAAUAGGCUAUAAAUAAAUUAAGCGAUGAAGAUGUAAUUGCUUAAUUAAAGGCAAAAGGAUUAGGAGUAUAUGGAACAAAAUAAGAGAAAUUGGAUAGAUUAAAGAAGGCUAAUGGUAUAAUUAUCAAUAUAUAGAAAGGGAUUGAAAUUAAUAAUAAGCAAGAACAAGCACCCUAAUAAUAACAAUAAGCAUAAUAAAUAGUUGCUUAAUAAUAAGCAUAAUAGCAAAAGGGAUCAGUUGUUGACAAUAUCAAAAAGAUGGAAUAACAAAGAGAGGAACGUCGUAAAAAUAUGUAAGAAAUGAAAAGAGAGAAAGCAGAGAGAGAAGAGUAAAAUUAAAUAUUGGGUAAAAAUGUUGAUGUAGAAUUUGAAAUCAUGAUUGACAAAACAAGACUCAAAGGAGGAUUAAUACAAGAACAUUAGACUACAUAAAAUAUCAAAUUAUGUGUGUGUGUUAGAAAGAGACCAAUCUUUAAAAAGGAGGAAGUUGGAGGGGAAAUCGAUGCUAUCAGUUGUGCAAACCCUAUGAUAAGAGUCCAUGAACCUAAAUUAAAAGUAGAUGGCAUUACUAAAUAUGUAGAAAAUCAUGAUUUCUAAUUUGAUAACACUUUUAGUGAGGUAGAAUAGGGCAAGGACAUUUAUGAUGUAAGUCUGGCUCCAUUGAUGGAUUUAUUGAUAAAUUAAGGUGUUGUAACUUGUUUUGCUUAUGGACAAACAGGUUCUGGCAAGACAUACACAAUGAAAAGCAUUUAGGAAUUAUUAGCCACUGAUUUAUAUAAGUUAAUCAGUACUACUCCUUCUUUUAAGAUAUUUGUAUCAUUCUUUGAGAUUUAUGGUGGAAAAUGCUAUGAUUUGUUGAAUGGCAAGGCACCUCUGUAGAUAAUGGAAGAUAAGAAUAAUAACAUAUAAAUAUAAGGAUUAGUUGAAAAGCCGAGUGAAUCAGAACAGGAAUUAUUUUAAUUGAUGGAAUUGGCUAACUCAGUCAGAACAACUCAUGCAACUGUAGCAAAUGAUACAUCAUCGAGAUCUCAUUCAAUCUGUUAAAUUGCUAUAAGAUAAGGAUAUUCAGACAUUGGAAAAUUGAUCUUGGUUGAUUUAGCAGGUUCAGAGAGAGCAUAAGAUACCUAAUCUAACAAUAGAUAAAGGAGAUUGGAAGGGGCUGAAAUUAAUAAAAGUCUAUUGGCAUUGAAAGAAUGCAUAAGAGCUAUGGAUUCAGGAUAAGGACAUGUUCCAUUCAGAGCCUCUAAGCUUACUUUGGUUUUGAGAGAUUCAUUCACUGCAAAAUCGAACAAGUCGAGAAUCAUUAUGAUUGCUUGCAUUAGUCCUGGAAGUUCCUCUGCUGAUCAUUCAUUGAAUACUUUGAGAUAUGCUGAUAGAUUAAAAGAUAAAUCAAAUUAAGCCAAAGUGUAAUUAGAAGAAAGAGAAGUUACAAAUGAAGAACUAUUGUACAGAUAACAAUAAGGAUAAGAUAGAUAAUCGGAUAAGAACUUAGAUAAUAACAAUAAAUAAUUGGAUAAAUAGAAUCCUCCCUUAUAAUUACCAAAAAUCAAUGAUCCAAGAAAUUAAAACAAUUAGAAUGCAGCCAAUCUUAAAAAGAAUUAAUCAUAAUUACCAGAGAAAGAAAAACCAAAAUCUUAACCUGUACCUCCAAAAUAAUAGAAAAGAGCCAGUUCAAUUCAGGAAGACUCAGAUGAUGAUGUAGCAGCUGAAGAAUUAGUUAAUAAAAAGAAUGGAUAAGUCAAAGAAGAUGUCAGAUGCAUGAAAGAAACGAUGAUGAAGAAUGAAUAAAAUAAUGCAAAUGGAAAUGGAAAUGAAUUCUUUGAUUUUCACGAAAAAGUUAAUACCAUCUUGGAAGAACAAGAUGAAAUUCUCAAUAUUCAUAUGGCUGCUAUAAAAGUAUGCUAUCUAUUUAACAUUUUUAGGAGGAUGCUAAAUUAUUACAAUAAGAAAGUGAAUUAAUUUAGUCAAUUUAAGGAGUUGGAAUAGUAGAUUAUGAUGUAGAUACUUAUGUUGGCAAUCUAGAGGCUUUCAUUAAAAAAAAACUAAAAAUUUACAAUUUGUUGAAUAAAAAGCUUUUAGUUUUUAAGUAAUAUAUAGUUGUAUAUCAUAGAACACAUUUGAAAGAAGAAGAAGAGAUCAGUUCUAAGAUGAAGAAUACCUUCUAUUAUUGA